GAAAAUGUCGGCGAUGAACAGAAAAUUAAUUCAAAACCUUGCCGAAACCAUGUGCAAACAAGUCAAACACUUCGUUUAAUGUUGAUCAUGUUGUAGUCAACACAGUGGAGAUGGAGUGUCUGAUAAGACUGUUUAAUGCUCUGCUGGGAGAACAGACAGAGAGAAAAGCUGGACAUGGAUUGGACCGGCUCAACUUCCGACAUAUACUGCACAACACAUUUGACAUGACUGACGAUAUGAUGAUGGACAGAGUCUUCCGUGCAUUUGACAAGGACAAUGACAGCUAUAUAAGUGUCAAAGAAUGGGUAGAAGGUCUGUCUCUCUUUCUACGGGGGACACUGGAUGAAAAAAUAAAAUACUGUUUUGAUGUAUACGACUUGAAUGGUGAUGGAUACAUCUCACGAGAGGAAAUGUUUCACAUGCUGAAAGACAGUCUUAUUAGACAACCCACUGAAGAGGAUCCAGAUGAGGGGGUUAAGGAUCUUGUGGACAUCGCAUUGAAGAAAAUGGACUAUGACCAUGAUGGUAAAGUUUCUUAUGCUGAUUUCAAGUCGACAGUCAGAGAUGAAAACCUUUUACUAGAAGCUUUUGGCAACUGCCUUCCACAUCUAAAGCGCAUACAGUCAUUUGAGCAACAAGCAUUCCAGGAACCACAAGAACUUCACUGAAUUAUCCAUGAAAGAAAAUGGGACUUUGACUUUUUGGGGGGGCAAAAUUGAA